AUUUGAAAGUAAUGCGCGUGUCAGUGUCGUCUUUCUUAUGUAAAGUAGCUGUCUUUGAAGGCGGAUCUUUUGGCAGGUUAGACCGGGAGGGGACUGAGUCUCAGACCAGCAGCAGCGGCGCAGACGAGCGCAGCCACUGAAGCCAGCAGCUGCCUGUGCGCACGCAGAGCACACAAUCCUCCGUGUUUUGGGACACAUUAAGGCGAAAAUCUCUUGGGAUAUUUACUCAGUUUAUUUUUGCCUCCUGUUGAGGAAACAUCCGCGCGUUCUGGACUAAACCAUUUUUGAGUUCUCGCCCAGGACUGAAAGUGGAAAGAUACGCGAGGACGCAGAGAGUGUGAGAGGGUACUACUCUGAACACACUUCACUUCUGUUUUCAUCCCUUCAAACCGAUAACGCGCGGUGAUCCAUGAACUGAGAGCGCAUGAAACCAUGGACCCGGACGCACGCUGCUUCCAGCGGGGGAGACAUCUGUGGACAACCGCGGGAAAUAUGUCUUUAUUACACUCAAAAUGAGAACGCGAUCGCCCUACAGAUAGUUGUGUAAGUUUGACUCGCAUCGAUCGCUCACAAACUCGCCCGAAAUCAUCACUUCUUUCUUUUUUUGUUGGAUGAGAGAAACAUGUUUGUUGUAGUGAACAUUCUGCCUGCUGUGUCGUUUCACCGAGAGAGGAGAGGAGCGUGUCCGUGUGUUAACAUGAGCCUCAUCUGUGUGCUGCUGCUGGUCCUGUGCAGCAGCAGGUGCGCAACUAUCAGCUCCAUAGACCCGGACUGGUCAGGGGAAGGGAGAUGUCAGCACAUCAACAUCCCCCAGUGUAAAGACAUAGGCUACAACAUGACUCGCAUGCCAAACCUCAUGGGCCACGAUGACCAAAAAGAGGCGGCGAUCAAGCUGCAGGAGUUUGCCACGCUGAUACAGUACGGCUGCCACAGUCACCUGAAAUUUUUCCUGUGCUCGCUGUACGCGCCCAUGUGCACAGAGCAAGUGUCCAACCCCAUUCCAGCGUGUCGGGUAAUGUGCGAGCAGGUGAAGUUAAAAUGCGCACCCAUCUUGAAGCAGUUCCACUUCCUCUGGCCCGACUCUCUGGACUGUUCCCGGCUGCCGACCAAAAACGACCCAAACAACCUCUGCAUGGAGGCGCCCACCAACGGCUCAGACGAGCCCCCCAAAGUCUCCCACACCCAGCCGCCGGACUUCCGGCCGCAGCGACCGCUGAGUGGCCACGAGCUGCCGCUUAAGGACAGCAGCAGCAAGCAGACGUGCAGCAACCCCGGCAAGUUCCACUUUGUGGAGAAGAGUGAGUCCUGUGCCCCUAAAUGCUACCCUAAAGUGGAUGUAUACUGGAGCCAGGGAGACAAGCAGUUCUCUCUGGUGUGGAUGGCCAUCUGGUCCAUUCUCUGCUUUGUCUCCAGCGCCUUCACUGUGCUCACUUUCCUCAUAGACCCACAGCGGUUCAAAUACCCAGAGAGACCCAUCAUUUUCCUCUCGAUGUCCUACUGUGUUUACUCCUUGGGCUACCUCAUACGGCUCUUUGUCGGAGCCGACAGGAUCGCCUGUGACAGAGACAAUGGGGUCCAGUAUGUCAUCCAGGAGGGUCUGGAGAGCACCGGCUGCACUAUUGUGUUCCUCAUCCUGUACUAUUUUGGCAUGGCCAGCUCCCUCUGGUGGGUCAUCUUGACCCUCACAUGGUUUCUGGCUGCGGGGAAGAAGUGGGGUCACGAAGCCAUCGAGGCCAACAGCAGCUACUUCCACCUGGCAGCGUGGGCCAUCCCCGCUGUAAAGACCAUCAUGAUCCUGGUGAUGCGGAAGGUGGCGGGCGACGAGCUGACAGGCGUCUGCUACGUGGGCAGCAUGGAUGUCAAAGCUCUCACCGGCUUUGUGCUAAUUCCCCUUUCCUGCUAUCUUAUUAUUGGCACUUCUUUCCUGUUGUCGGGCUUCGUCGCCCUCUUCCACAUUCGCAAGAUAAUGAAAACCGAGGGCGAGAAUACAGACAAGCUGGAGAAGCUGAUGGUCCGCAUCGGCGUCUUCUCCGUGCUCUACACUGUCCCAGCCACCUGUGUCAUUGCUUGCUAUUUCUACGAGCGGCUCAACAUGGACUACUGGCGCAUCCUGGCGAUGAAGCACACGUGCGUGGACGGCGGCGGGCCGGAGGCGGGCGAGUGCGUCAUGAAGGCUUCCGUUCCUGCCGUGGAGAUCUUCAUGGUGAAGAUCUUCAUGCUGCUGGUGGUGGGCAUCACGAGCGGCAUGUGGAUCUGGACGUCGAAGACGCUGCAGUCGUGGCAGAACGUGUUCAGCCGGAAGCUGAAGAAGAGGACGCGGAGGAAGGCCGCCAGCGUGUUCACCAGCAGCCGGCCUUACAUCAAACCGCACCCAUCUCUCAAAGGACACAACGCGAAGUACGAGCCCACGCGGCCUCCGCCGACUUGUGUAUGAGCUGGCUCGCUUUGCAUAAACCCAAAAAAAAUACUUGUAAAGCUCUUAUCCGAACGAGACUUUGUGUUCAAAGUGGCAUCAAAAGAAUCAAGGUUCAAGUUUUAUUUAUGCAAAAAUGAUGCGAUGUGUGUGUGUUUUUGAGCCAUCUUGUGCAACAAGCGCUGCCUUUGUUUGAGAAAAAGAAAUCUGCUACUCCUGGAUUCACUUAUUCUAUUGAGGAACUUGGUAGAGAGAGAACGAGAAAAAAAAAAAGUAUUGUUCCCAAGACAAAAAAGAGUGGAAUGAACCAUUUUGGAUGUGCCAUGGGGCAACUUGAAUAAUGUGCAAUAGAUGUUUUCCUUACAGGCAAAAACAAAUUGACAAACUGCAGAGAAUGCAAGGAGGCAAAUGGUCAAGGACACGAGUGUUGAAAUCAAAGCAGCGUCACAUGUUUGAACUGAAGUGAGAGCAGCUCGUCCAGUUACACCCUGAACUCACUAAGCACUCGUUCGUGAAAAGUUUAUUUGUACACACAGUUGAGUUUCCCGUCAUUUUUUUUUUUUUCCUUUGCUGUUUUAAAGCACAAGAGAACAUUUGUAUAUAUUUCUAAAAAACAAAAAAAAACAACUGAGAUUUUAUAGAAAAAUGAAUAAAACGUUCUAGUUUUACAUGUUUA